AUGGCUUCAGAUAUCCCUAAAGUUGUGCCUUUAACUUGCCACGGACACUCUCGUCCUGUGCCGCAUAUUAGUUUUUCGUCCACUGUCGAGGACGACCAAUAUUAUCUUGUUUCUGCUUGUAAAGAUAACAAUCCUAUGCUUCGGGAUGGUAUCACCGGCGAUUGGAUCGGCACUUUCCUCGGUCACAAAGGAGCGGUAUGGCAGGCACGCCUGUCGACCGACGCUAACAUAGCUGCAACUGCUGCUGCGGAUUUCUCGGCCAAGGUCUGGGAUACCCAUACAGGCGAAUCUCUGCACACUCUACAACACAACCACAUUGUCCGAGCGGUCGCGUUCCCUCUCCAACCAUCUCCCCAAGUCCUCGCAACUGGCGGCUACGAGAAAAAGCUCCGAAUCUUCGAUCUAACACGCAGCGGUGGCAGUAGCAACGGCUCCUCCCCAACAGCCCCCUCACAAACUGCAGCAGAUAAUGGCGCCCCCGCGACAAGCUACGAAAUCGGCCCCGGCGUUCACGGCGGCAUCAUCAAAUCUAUCAUUUGGAAUCGCGACUACAACAUCCUGACAACAGCCGCCGACGACCGCAAAAUCCGCUGGUGGGAUCUCCGCUCCCGUCACCCAGUCGUUGAACACAUUGUAGAUGGCAACAUCGGUAGCUGUGAACUGAACACUCUCGCAAGUCGCCCGAACGACCCGGGUAUCCUCUCCGUCGCCGCCGGAAAGAGCGUCUACCUUUUCGACGGCCUCAACCCGGGCAGACUUCUCAAGAAAAUCGACUUCCGAUAUGAGGUUGCUAGCGCGGCCGUGAACAAUGAUACCGCGCGUCUAGUUACGGGGAGUGCGGAUGACACUUGGGCACGCGUAUACGACCUGCAUACGGAUGAGGAGCUUGAAGUUCAGAAGGGUCAUCACGGCCCUAUCUGGUCUGUCAGUUUCUCACCCGACGGUAAAUUAUACGGAACUGGAAGUGAAGACGGAACGAUCAAGCUCUGGAAGGCUUGUAGAGAGGGGUAUGGCUUGUGGCGCUGA